GUCAGACACUGUAACCUCCACUAGGUGGCGCUCUUUCAGUGUGAUUAAUGUGAUAUUCAGUCAGUGGUGAUGGUGGGAGGAGCCAGUAAAGCUGCUCAUUACUGAUGAAGAGCUGAAUAAAGAGGAAGUAACUAAAGCAGACAGAUGUAGAGACAGAGAGAUUCACACAGAGAUCAUUCAGCAUAAAGAAGACUGAACUCAACUCACAAUGAAGAUCCUCCUCAUCUUCUUCACUUUCUACCUGAUCUCAGGUGCAGUGAGAUGCUUCAGUGUCACUGGAUAUUCUGGAGGAAGUGUUCUUGUUGAUUCUGGGAAACGUUGGUUCAGUGACUCUGCUAAAUAUAUGGCCAAAUUACCAGAGUGGAGAACAAUAAUAAAUGAUAAUAAGCAUGAUAAAUGGAUAAAUGAUGGAAAAUUCACGUUGUUCCGAGACAACUGAAAAAACCUCAUGAUCUUCAUUAGAGAUUUGAAUGAACAUGAUGCUGGAGGAUACUGGAUUGGUGCUCUUUACAAGUGGGGUAUAGACAUGACUUUAAAUGUGGAAGAAGAUUCAUGUUGUAAAGUAUCAAAGAGAGUGAUGGUGAAUAUUGGAGAAACUGCCAGUUUCAGCUGUGAAUAUUCACAGAAUCAUAUUAAUGAUCCCAAGAUCAUAUUCAAAGAAGAAAAAGACUCCAUUGAGAUGAUUUACAGCACAUGGAAUAAGAAAGGAAGUUUCAGUAUUUCUGAUGACAAACAUAAAAACGUCUUCAGUGUGAAAAUUACUGCUGUGACACCAGAUGAUGGAGGAGUUUAUUUAUGUGGAGUUUGGAUCAACAGACAAUCGUACAGUUACUCUAUUAUUAGUACUGUUCAUCUGCAUGUUAGCAUGCCUCCAGUAGUGAGACAUGAAGGAGAAUCUGCUGAGAUCAUCUGCCCUUAUGAUUCAAUCUAUAAAUCAAAGUCAAAGUCUCUCUGUAAGGGGAAGUGCUCCACUAGAGACAGAAAUACUCUCAAUGAGACUGUGAGAGAAGAGAAAGAGACCAAGACUGACAGAUUGACUCUGAAUGAUGACGUCACUGCAAGUGUCUUCACUGGGACCAUCACUGGACUGACAGCAGAGGAUGCUGGGAAAUACUGGUGUGCAGUGACAUUAGAAAGAGACCUCAAUUAUCUUUACACUCAUCUGAUCGUCAUCAUGAACGAGGAGCUGAACUUGACUAAGUAUGAAGGAGACGACGUGUCAAUCCAGUGCAAACAUCAGGAUGAAGAUCAGAAAAGCUUCUGCAAAGCACAUGAAGCCUCCAUGUGUGUGAAGGAUGGAGUUUCAUUGGAGACGAUCAGAGAUGAUCGAUUCUCUUUCAGUGAUGAAGCAUCUACUGGAGUCUUUACUGUGAACAUCACUGAUCUGAGAGAAGAGGAUUCUGGGAUAUACUGGUGUGGAGCUCACGUCAUCACUAAAGUGAACCUUAGUGUUAAAACAGAUUUCACCAUGAUCAACUUGAUUUGUGUUUCUUCAGCUCUGCUGCUGAUUGGUGGAUUCACUCUGAUUAUGUGUAAAUUAAAGUUAAAUGAGAAUGUAGAUUUAUACGUUAUAUGAAGCAGAUAAUAAUACUGACUAACCCAGUCCCUAAAACAAAGGCCAAAACUUUUUUUGUCCAAAUGAGGGCAACCUAAGAUGUCUUUAAAAGGAUGUUUUGUCAUAGUUCUGUUGUGAUUGUAGGAACAUAGCAAAGUCAUAACCAAGACGUGCACUUUUCACUCCAUAAAAACAUGCUAUGAAGUUUUACUGCAUGUACAAAACUUUGUAUUAUUACAGAAAAAUACUGACAAAACUCUCUACACCACCCAGCAUUGAAAACAAGAUUUCAGAAGUUUGAAGACUGUUGCACAUGAUACAGUUGUCUUCCGUAGGAAGGAAAUUUACCCCGCAAGUUCCUUCGUGACUAGAGAUCAGCACAGCUUGCAGACUGUUGUGUUUGAAUUAUAUAUACUUAUGUUUGAUUAUCAUGUUUUCAAUCAAAUUGUUAAUAAUUUCAGAAAAAAAUAUAUAUAUCUAGUAUUUUGAGUAGGUUAAGCAGAGUUUAGAAAUGUCUCUCAAGGUUCGUGCUUGAAUGUUGUUUUAUACUGUGACUGUGUUAAAGAUCAAACAAUGCUCUCCAGCUUGUGGUUUUCUUUUCUGUUCUUUGAGUCAUAACCAACAAGCCCUUCAGCCACGUGUAGGUGUGAUAAAAACAGGAAACUGUGUAUUUAGUACCAAUGGACAGAGAAGUUUCCACUCCAGAGAAACAUGCUAUGAAGUUUUAUUAUAUAUGAAAAUAAUACUGGUUCAUCUGCAAUUCUGUUUACAAAACUGUUUAUUUCAAGCCACAUUUAGCCACAGUGAAUGUGUAACAUGAGCAUCAUAGGGAAGUAUGGGCUCAAAACAUUUUUUUUUUUUAUUAUGUCAGUCCUACUAACAGCAGUCAUAGAUAAGUACCCAUAAUAAAGCUUGUUUUUCAAAUGCUAUGCCAGCACCACCGCUCAGACACUAUGGUGGCAGCUGUUAUUACAGAACAUAUUGCAUGUUCAAAUAUGCCAAGGUGACAAGAUACUCUCAGGGCCAAUGAAAUUUAAGGCCAGCUUUGACUCCUCCCUUUUCUCCUUAUAUGGUGCUGAGGGCUCCGUUUGUGGGUGAAUCGGAAUUUGAGAGAGCGGAGGGGGAAAUUUUUUUGAGAGAAUUCAUUUACACUCUGACCAGAUCCUGUCACAAAGGUAGUUUGUAGGCUCAACUGUUUCCAGCAUAGGCAAAGAAGUUGGUGGCUGUGCCUUCUCAA